UGGUGUAGAAAACAUGGGGUGCGUGACGCAAUUGCCUCAAUUCAAUUCGAGUUUGAAUUCAAAAAAUGCACAUCUAAUCUUUGUUCACUGUAGAAGCGACGCCUUCAAGUGUUUGUGAAAAUGCCAGACAAAAACUCUUAUGUAGACCGUCAAUUCCUCACCCCACGAAGGUCACCCAGGUUCCUCCCACAACUAAACCACACUAUUGCCAACCCCAAAUCUGCCACCGUUUCCGUAAAGAAAUCCAAUGAUUCUACAGUCGGGUCGAGAAUAUCUCCGAGGCUUAACAAUGGGGACGUUGGGUUUUCAUCUCUUCGACGAUCUCCCAGGUUCAACAACGAGCCAAGCGAUAAGAAAGUGAACGGCACGAGGGUGAAGGGCGGUGAAGCUGAAACGAAAGAAAAGUGUGUCGUUUUGGAUGAGGGGUUUGGUGGAGGAAGAAAGAAAGAGAGAAAGGAGAAGAGGAAUGAAGUUAGAACGCACGAUAAUCAUGGCGUUUCGGAUGAAGGGUGUCGUCAACGAAGGAAGAAGGAGAGAAACAGGGGGAGUAGGGAUGGAGUUAACACCCAAGGAAAUCGUGUCAUUUCAGAUGAAGGGACUGGUGGGGGAGAAAAGAAGGGGGUAAAAGGGAAGAGGGUUGGAGUUGAAACGACCAGAAAUGGUGUCGUUUCGGAUGAGGGUGCUGGUGGGGGAAGAAAGAAGGGUGGAAAUAGAGAGAUCGUUGGAGUUAAAACAGAAGAAAAUCGUGUUGUUUGUGAUGAGGGUUUUGGCGGAGAAAGAAAGAAGAGGGGAAAUGGAGAGAAGAGAAAGCGCAAUGACGAUGAAAUAAGGAAAGGAUGGACCAAGGAACAAGAUUUGGCUCUCCAAAGAGCAUAUCUUACUGCAAAGCCUAGCCCCCAUUUCUGGAAGAACGUUUCCAAACUGGUGCCUGGAAAGUCUCAACAGGAAUGCUUUGAUAGAAUUCACAUUGACCAUGUGACUCCAGUUCAAUUGCAGCCUCGAUCAAGGGCAAAGACAUUAAAAUCAUCACCCAUUCAGGAAUUUUCUUUAUCUGCAAGUAAACUUCUCAACCCUAUUGACAUAAAAGUUAGAAGAUCUAAUGUUCUAAAACCAAAGAACAUUAUUACCCAGAAGUCUGUUGAGAAGCAGUUACAGCGCAGGCUUGCAGGUGAUCUAGACCGUGCAGGGGACAUAUUUUCCGUUCUUGAACCAAACAUAGAUUUGUCCACUAAUGCUUUACAGCCUAGUGAAUCCCUUUCUACUCCAAAGCAGCUAAAGGAAAACAAAGGGUUCCUGCAAAGUUACACUGAAACAUCAUCUUCAAGUGGUAAUAAGGUACUUUCAAGAUUUAGUGGCUCGCACAAUACAGAUCUUGUUAGUCCACCGGUACUAAAGAAAGUAAAGAACAGGGUAUUGCAUGAAAAAUAUGUCAAUAAAUUGCGCUGUAGGGAAUCUAGGAGAAGAGCAGCCUCUACGAAUAUAAUUGGUGAAGGAAGAAGCAUAAAGAAAAAGGAUGCAGUUAAAGCUGCAAAAGUUGCCUUGGUUUCUGAAGCUAGAGAUGCUAUCAACAAAUUUCGACAAUCGCAAGUCAAUGUCAUGGACAACGGCUGCAGUUCUGAUGAAGUUAACGAUGAUGACAUUCAAUAUGAAGAUGAAAGUCAAUAGGUUCUAGUGAAAUUGUAGUCCAUAGCCUAGUCAUAAACUGAUUUUUU